CUUCGAUAGAUCAUUCGCUCGAGCUCUCGGAGCUGAAUUACACCUUUAUCCCUGCUGCAGGAAAUGCACAUGCAAAACCACCGGAUUUAAUGCAGUUUGGAUAUAAAAAAGAAAGAAAAAAACACAAGGAUUAACUAACACGAGUUUUUCUUAUUUUAAACAGCGUUGUAGUUUUAUAUAAAGAGAAAAGAACCAGAUUUAGCACAUUAAGCGACACAGUCGGAAGAAAUGCGCUUAUAAAGUCUUUCUGUUUUUCUGAUGUUUCAGUCCACCAUUUAGAAGAAAAAAAAGGGAGACAUUAAACUCAAGUGGAACUGGGUGAGAUUUGUGUGUGAAGAUGAACACCGUUAGAGGACACGUGUGAAAGCAGGCAUACCUGCGCCGUUCACCUUGUGAGCAGGAGGAUUAGAGCAGCUGAAGGGGAUUCCCGGCACCCAGUGGGAUGUGAGCAGAUCGGUGUUGGGCCGAGUGUGAAGGAGCAUGGUAAAACACCAACCCUUACAGGUCUACGAGAGACAGCUGUGUUUGUCCUGUCUGACCGGGAUAUACGGGUGCCGCUGGAAACGCUACCAGCGCUCCCACGAUGACAGCUCCAAGUGGGAAUGCUCCUGGUUUCUCAUCCUGUGCUCUUCAUUUCUCCUCCUGCUCGUCUGGUCUUACUUUUGGUGGGAAGCUCACAAUGACUACAAUGAAUUUAACUGGUUGUUGUAUAACCGAUCCGGAGAGUGGAGUGAUGGCACCGUCCCCAUUCUCACCACCACUCUCGUGGGAUUCUCUUACACUGCAUUUUUAAUGCUAUUAGGCCUUUGUCAUAUCGCACUGGGGCAGCAGCUUAACCUCUAUUGGAUUCAUAAGAUUGGUGUGCUGGCCGUCCUGCUCACUACCAUCACAGGCGUGGUGUCCAUCGAUGAUAUAUGGAGGGACGAAUGGGACAUCAUCCUCAUAUCGCUACAGGCAACAGGACCUUUCCUGCACAUUGGGGCAAUGGCUGCCAUGACUGCAUUGGGGUGGAUCGUCGCAGGCCAGGUUGUGCGUGGAGAAAGAACGAGAUUUCAGAUGCUGUUACUCCUGCUGUAUGUGUGUGUUCUCCUGGCUCUCUAUCUGACUCCUCUCACCAUCUCCUCUCCCUGCAUUAUGGACCCAUUGAACCUGAAGCCCCGGCCUGCCGUCUUUGGCCGGCGAGGAGCUCCAAUGCUCGCUCCAGAAAACACCAUCAUGUCCUUCAACAAAGGCUUGCAGCAGAGAGUCAGCGGCUUUGAGGCUGACGUCACCAUCAGUGCAGAUGGAGUGGCCUUCCUGAUGCGUGAUCGUACACUGCGCCGUACCACAGACGUGGCCCGGGUCUUUCCUCAGCGGCAGCAUGAAGAUGCCUCACUCUUCACCUGGCCAGAGAUACGCUCUCUAAACGCUGGCCUGUGGUUUCUCAGGGACGACCCAUACUGGACAUCCCAGUUAAUGUCAGUAAAGGAACGAGGACGAGCAGCCAAUCAGACGGUGUGUAGUCUGAUGGAACUGCUGCGUCUGGCAGUGAAAACGAACCGCUCCGUGAUGUUGAGCCUGCGCAGACCUCCACCUCAACACCCACGACACGAGCUCUGGAUUGACGACACCCUCAAGGCAGUGCAGCGCUCAGGCAUCCAGCCUGAACAGGUGAUGUGGGUCACAGACUGGUACAGAAAGGAGGUGCGAUCCAUUGUGCCUCUUCUGGAGCAACUGGAGGAGGAGAAGCUUUCUGCAGAGGAGCUUGAAGACCGGGGAAUCCAUACAGUGAGCUUGCACUAUAGCCAAGUAACGCAACCACAAAUCAGACGCUUCAGAGGCAACAACAUGAGCGUGAACGUGUACCCUGUGAACGAGCCGUGGCUUUACUCCGUCCUGUGGUGCAGUGGUGUUCAGUCGGUCUCGUCCGACGCGCCUCACAUCCUCCGCAAAGUGCCUCAGCCCAUCUGGUUAAUGAGUCCAGAUGAGUACUGCUUAAUAUGGAUCAUGGCUGAUCUCAUAUCUGCAGCAGUCGUCAUCGGAAUGUUUAUAUUUCAGAGCUAUCACUUCUUCAGGUGGAGGAUUAGCAGGAUGUGCAGCUACAACCCGGAGCAGAUCAUGCUCAGUGCUGUGGUGCGCAGAUCCAGUCGAGACAUCAACAUCAUGAAGGAGAAACUCAUCUUCUCAGAAAUAAACAAUGGAGUCAGCAGCACAGACGAGCUUCCCCUCUACAUGGAGCAUGGAUACGAAGGAUAUACACGCGACACCAUUUCCCGCUGAGCCGGAUGUCAUUUGGAUUUCCUCCUUUCACUUAAACAUUUUGCCUGGUCUCUGGAAAAAAGGAAUUUUUUGACUGAAUAUCUGAAAUCCGAAAGGCAUCUUUGAUUUAUCUUCUGUUUUUUUUCCCCUUCAUCUUUAUGCGAGUGGAACUUGUGGACUUGCACAGCUCUGCGUGAUUGGAUUUGAAUAGAUUUGCAUAUUUAUAUAAAGGACCUUCACGCCAAUGCCUUAUGCGCUGUAUUAAAGUGUAUAUAAGAUGAAAUGUUGCUGCAGCAGUAGUGUGUACAGUUUCAUCUUGUGGACUAGUCAGUGAGUGGCUUAUUGUUUCUCAUUUUCCUGCAAAUCAAUCAAUGACUCAGAUCUGUGACAUUUGGAGGAAGGAUUGAAGGAUUAUUUGUAUAAUGGAGUAGGUGUUUUUUUUUUAUAUAUAUAUAUAUUUUAUCUACAUCUACUAUAGUAUUUUGUGCCGUCUACACUGCAGUGGUUGAAGUAUUGAGGUAUGGAAUGAAAUGCCUCUAUGAAGCACAGAAUUUAAUAUUCUUUAUUUAUAGAAGUCAAUAAAGACAAGUCAUUGGAGAAAAUAAAGGUCAAUAAAGUUA